UUUCGAAAACCCUUGGGCUGCGGUUCACUCAGCGCGACGUUGAAGGCCACCGAGAUACAGACAUUAUCGCCCACAACCGAGUGCCGUAUCACCGCCACCUAGCACCGUACGCGAUAUCGCCCCUCCGUUUUCCCUUCGCCCCUCUGUUUCGACGGAUAGCAUCAAGCGACCACUACUUCUGCGCGUCUCAGAUAACCACUGCCACCGCCUGUGAAUCUUUCACUAUCUCCAGUGGAUUAGGGUUUCAAUUAGCGGAGGAAGAUGGCUCGGAACGAAGAGAAGGCGCAGUCGAUGCUCAACAGGUUCAUCACGAUGAAGAACGAGGAGAAGAAGAAGCCGAAGGAACGCCGUCCAUAUCUAGCCUCGGAGUGCCGCGACCUUGCCGAGGCCGACAAGUGGCGCCAGCAGAUCAUGCGCGAGAUCGGUCGGAAGGUCGCCGAGAUCCAGAACGAAGGCCUCGGCGAGCACCGCCUCCGCGAUCUCAACGACGAGAUCAACAAGCUCAUUCGCGAGAAAGGCCAUUGGGAGCGCCGCAUAGUCGAGCUCGGCGGCCCGAAUUACUCCAAAAGCUCUGCCAAGAUGACCGAUUUAGAAGGGAACAUCGUCGAUGUUCCUAAUCCUAGCGGCCGUGGCCCUGGCUACCGCUACUUCGGGGCCGCCAAGAAGUUGCCGGGAGUGCGAGAAUUGUUUGAGAAGCCACCAGAGCUGCGGAAGCGGAGGACGAGGUAUGAUAUAUACAGGAGGAUUGAUGCGAGUUACUACGGGUACAGGGACGAGGAGGAUGGGAUACUGGAGAAGUUGGAGGAUCCGGCGGAGGAGAAGAUGAGGGCGGAGGCGCUGGCGGAUUGGAAUGCGAUGGAGGAGAUCAAGAGGGAGGCUAAGAGGGCAGUGAAGAGUGGUGAUGUGGCAAUGGCAGCCAAGAUAUUGUUUGAAGAGGAGGAGGAUGUGGUCGAGGAGGAGAGAAAGGCCAAGGAGAGGGAGGAGAAGGAAAAGGAGAAGGAGUUUGUGGUGCAUGUGCCGUUGCCGGAUGAGAAGGAGAUUGAGAGGAUGGUGGUUGAGAAGAAGAAGAUGGAGCUGUUGAGCAAGUACACGAGUGAAACUCUUUUGGAGGAGCAAGUUGAAGCCAAAACCAUGCUUAACAUUCAGCGGUAGAUGGUAGGCUUGCCGGGACAUCAAUGCACUAAUUUGUUUUUCUUUAAAUAUUUCAUAGUUUGCCUGCUCAUCCUUGUAUUCUUACCUUGUUAUAGUUUUGUAGGCUGUAUAAUUCAAUGGAAAAAUUAUUAGAGAUAUUUUGAUUACUGGCCUCAAAGUUCUUCUUGGAGCUCA